UAGGAUCUGGAUAGUCUGGCAUUACACCCAACAGGACAGUGCAAAGGACAAGCAGCCAGGAGUGGGGGGGGAAAACUAAAUCAAAGUCAUCUUAAACCUGCAGAAGAAUAUGAUGUGGCACUAGAUACCAAGAAAAUCAGCUUAUGUUACACUAACAUUUCUGAUCACUCUUGUGAAUACUGAGUUGAUAUUAUCACCGCUACCAGUCAAGCUCUGUCUUAAGUGUUGUUUUGUUUUGUUUUUCCUGAAAGAACUGUUUCAGUAGAUCUGACUGGUAGGGCUCAGCUUUAGGGAGCGUUAUUUGUUUGGCCACUCUUCCUUGUAUUGAUUCUGGCAGCUAUUGGCUAACAGCCCCUGAGCUAAACCCUGUCAAGUUCAUCUCAGCGCACAGCACACAAGAACCAAAAAAAAAAAAAGUCUCUUCAAACCAACACUUGAUCCAGGCUUUUCCUUUGGAGAAGAGAACAGGAAUAUGACUGCAGAGUCCCUUAACUUCGGUCCAGAAUGGCUCCGUGCACUAUCUCGAGGGGGGAGUGUGACAUCUCCUCCUCCAUCCCCCGCCAUGCCAAAGUCCAAGCUGGCCGACUACCGCUACGGCCGCGAGGAGAUGCUAGCACUUUAUAUCAAAGAUAAUAAGGUUCCAGAGCAGCUGCAGGAUAAGGAGUUUGCGCCCGUGCUGCAGGAGCAGCCUCUGCAGCCUCUAGCCCUGGUGCCCCUGACGGAGGAAGAGCAGGUAGAGAGGAACUUCUCCAUGUCCGUGAACAGCUCUGCUGUGCUGAGGCUCAUGGGAAAAGGGGGAGGGGCUGCCCCUGUGGGAGUGGCCCGAGGCCGAGGGACUGUUCGAGGAGGAAGAGGAAGGGGACGAGGAGAGGGCGGUUUCUACCAAAGAGGUCCAGAAGAAGGAGAGGUGGGCUUUGGCCGCAGCAGAGAGAUGCAUCGCAGCCAAAGCUGGGACGACAGAGGUGAGCGUCGCUUUGAGAAGCCCCUGCGGAGAGACGGGGUUCGGGUGGGCUUCGAGGAGGGUGCCGCGGGGGCACGGAAGGACUUCUCGCGCUCUGACAGCGACAACUGGCGCACGCUGAGGGAGGAGGAGGAGGACGCCGCUGCUGCCGCCGCCGGCGCUGCCGCCACUGAGCCAGGAGGAAGCUGGAGGACCGUGGGAGGCAGACGUGAUGAUGGGGGCCCGCGCUCAGCAGGGUGGCGUGACCACGUCAAGAAGUUCGACUUCCCUGAUGGCGGUCGCCGACGUACCGGAAGCGAUGGAAUGGAUGACGACCGGGACCUACCGGAGUGGUGCACUGACGAGGAGGAUGGAGAGAUGGGCACCUUCGACUCGUCCGGAGCCUUUAUGUGCAUCAAGAAGAGCUCGCGGGACCCCAUCCCCGAGGACCAGGAGCUGGAGUUUGAAGCUCUGGAGGACGAGAGGGGUCAGGAGCGGAGGGAGAGUGCCGGAGAGGGAGGUGAGGAGGCCGCCACCUCCGCUGCCGCCUCCGUCUAUCAGCCAUUCUUCAAUGAGCGUGAGAUGCUGACGGUCACUGAGGUGGAGAUGAUGAUGCCCGGGCCUUCAUCUUCCUCCUCCUCUUCCUCUCCCCCAGCCAUGCCUGCCCCCCCACCCUCGCUGACUCUGCUCCCUCCCACCAAUCCAGAGCCUGCACCCCCUGCUUCAGCACUGCCCAUAAACAGCACUCGGGAGCCUGCUGAAGAUGUAGUGCCACCAGGGGGCAGUGGUCAGCCGAGCACCGGCUCCUCUCACAGUGUCUCGUCUCCCCCUGCUUCUGGAGCUGCUGGAGCGGACCUCCCACCAGCAGGUGGAGACAACGAGGAGGAGGAGGAGCGCAUGAAGCACUUGCAGCAAGAGGCAGAGAAGAUGGUGGCGUCCCUCCAGGACACCUCCCUGGAGGAGGAGCGCUUCACGCAGGCCCUGCAGGAGAGCCACGGCGUGGGGUCCAGCGCAGGGUCCGGUGCCGGCCCCACGCACGCCCACUCUCACACCCACCAGGCUGCGGCUGCCGCCGCCGCCUCCUCCUCCUCCACGCACCCGCACGGCCACUCCCACUCGGCCUCGUCGCACUCGCUGGCGCACCCGGCCAGCGCGCUCCCGCUCUCUCACGAGGCAGCCAUGAAGUGGUUCUACAAAGACCCCCAAGGAGAGAUCCAAGGCCCUUUCUCCACCGUGGAGAUGUGCGAGUGGUUCCAGGCGGGCUACUUCACCAUGACCCUGUUGGUAAAGCGGGGCUGUGACGAGGGCUUCCAGCCCCUGGGAGACGUGAUCAAGAUGUGGGGGCGCGUGCCUUUCUCCCCUGGGCCCUCCCCACCACCCCUGCUGAGCAACAUGGACCAGGAAGUGUUUAAGAAGCAGCUGGAGCAGGUGGCCACCGCUGCCCUGUAUCAGCAGCAGCUCCAGAUGCGCUACCAGCAUAUAAACAGCAACCGGUGUGGGGAGUCGAGCAUGAUGCCAGCUAUGAACAGGUCCAUGUCGGUCCCAGACAGCGGGUCUUUGUGGGAUAUGCAUACCUCAGCUUCACAGCAGUCAGCAGGCGGUGAAGCCAGUCUGUGGGACUUAACCAUGGGCAACUUACCUCAGGGGCUAACGCUGGAGCAGCUGCAACAGAAGCUUCAGCAGGAGCGUCGUGAAGCUGAACUCAGGGUUAAGAGGGAGGAGGAGGAGAGGAAACGGAGGGAAGAGAAGAGGAGGCAACAGGAGGAGCAGAAGAGGAGAGAAGAGGAGGAGCUUUUCCACCGCAAACAGCAGUGUCGUCAGCAGCAGGAGCUGAUCAUGAAGCUGCUCCAGCAGAGCCAGCAGCAGCAGCAGCAGCAGCAGCAGCAGCAGCAGGUGGUGGGCGUGGGGGCCCAGUCCCAGGGGCCCUGCUGGAACUCAGCCCAGUCCAACCCGCUGGCCAAGCCCCCCAAGACUCCCCUCAACCUGCUGGAGAUGGAGGCCGAGCGGCUGCUCAAGCAGCAGCACAGGGUCCAGCAGCAGCAGCCAAGAGACCGGCAGUCGCAUGGUGGCCUGACGAUGGGCCAGUGGGGUGACGGUGGCGUGGGGGGCAUGUGGGGCGCGGGCAGCCUGGAGGGAAAGGCCAGUGGAGGGGGCAGCAGUGGAGGCAACUCUGGAGGAAUGGGCCUCUGGGACGAGGCUGUGAAGAACCAGAGCAGCCACCGUAGCAUGAGCCUCAAGAACAGCCACAGCAGCCCCUCACUCAGUGAGCAGUACAUGCUGCGGCGGAAGCACACGGAGGACGAGGAGAAGCUGCUGCGUCUGCUGCAGGGCAUGAAGCCGCAGCCUCAGGACGGCUUCACCACCUGGAGCGAGCAGAUGCUGCACGCGCUCAACACCUCCGCCAACAACUCCUCCUCCUCUCAGGAAGUGGCCACCAUCGUGGCAUAUCUUAAGGAGGUGGAGUCGCCUUACGAGGUGCACGACUUCAUCCGCGCCUACCUGGGGGACACGGUGGAAGCCAAAGAGUUCGCCAAGCAGUUCCUGGAGCGCCGUGCCAAACAGAAAGCUAACCAGCAGAGGCAACAGCAGCAGCAACAGCAGCAGCAGCUAUCAAAGGAGCUGUCUGGUCUAAACAUGAACUUCCCUCUGCAGUCCAUGUUCCAGGCAUCCCAUUCUGGGAAAGGCGGCGUGUACGACACCCAGGCGAGCAAGAUGAAGAAGAAGCCCAACAUGAUGAUCCACUCUGACCCCAGCAUUCUCGGCUACUCGUUCUUGGGUGCAGGGGAGCGAAUGAUCCUGGGCGAGAUGGAGACCGUGGAGGAUUACUAACCCAGCAGAACUUACCUGAGUCUACCGGAGGCCUUAAAAUCUGGACUGAACAGCAAGAAGAAUGUGCACUGCUCAGUGGAAGGGCACAGUGGGAGGGGCAGUCAACCUUUGUGUGUGUAUGUCCCCCAAGUCCCACUCCUUGAUCUCCACUGCCCUCAACCCCCCCUACCUUACAGUCUUUCCUCUGUAUCUUUCUCUCUCUUUCCUAUAACUAACCUUAAAGACUUGCCUUAUUUGUGUGUGUUCUGCCUGGGAGCAUGUGCAGCUAGGCUGGCUCACAGUGUGCGUUUAGCCAUUAGCACCUAGCUUAGCGUCAGCCCUCAGUCUGCUAUCAGCGCUGUUAGCCACAGUUAGCUCAGGCUAGCGUGCUGGUGAAGUGGCUGAGGUUAUCACAGGGCAGGUAAGCCCGCCCCCCCUCCAC